AUUGAUCAUUAUCGAACUGAAUUGUGCCUGUCUUAGUAUCGAAUGGCAGAAGUGAAAAUAACUCAUUCGCUUAAGCAGCUCAACAUCUCAUUUAAGAGUUUUGAGAUUUUCUGAUUUUGUUGUGAUCCAUUUUUUUCUUCGUGUUUAUUAUUGUCUCUUUAAUUUGUCUUUCAAGCGUUAUUUAAGGUUUGGAUAAAUUUUUGAACAUGAUUUCACGAUCUUUAAGAGCUGAUACCCGAAGCCGGGCCAAGGAUGACAUGAAAAGAGCGAUGCUUGUCAAGGAUAAGGUUAGAAAAUGGGAAAAGAAAUGGGUGACUAUUGGAGAUACUUCUAUGAAAAUUUUCAAAUGGGUACCAGUUACUAAUUAUGACACUGUUACUCAAAAUAAAAACUUGAAAGGAAAAUCAAUAACUACUCAUAACAAGGAGAAUAUUGAAGAUAAAGGCAAAAGUCACAGUUUGAGUCGUAACGAUGCAACCACUAACUCAUCAUUCUCAUCAGUGUCAAAUGUUUUGGUUAACAAUGAUCAAUCUGUCACCGGAUUCUCUGAAACAAGUCAAGAUGAUUCAACUAAUCAUGAAGAAAAAACUCACGUCACCACAUCAACAUUGUUGGGUGAAAAUAGCAGUGAUGCACAGUUUCCAGAUAAUGUUACAUCGGAUAGAGGAUGAGCAAUCUCGGAUCGAUACUUUUUUCGGCCAUCAUUUCAAUCUAAUUAAAACUCAACUCAUUUGGAAUUCAGUAUCGUGAAUUAACGAGAGCUUGGACAAUUUGCAUCUCAAACCAUUGCGGAAGAAAAAAAACAGUAACAAUGUACAAUUGCUGAUAAAUGUCAUUCUGUGUUUAUAUCUUAAUUUUCAAAUGUUAAUUUCUUUUCAUCUAAAUUAAUUUCUUAUAAAAAUCAUUUUUGAAAUAAUGAAAAAUAAUCCAAAUUAAAAGAAAACUUAUGAUUCAAUUUGUAUCUUAUUAUAUUAGUUACAUAAUAGGAAAAUCUUGUAUCUUGACUAGAAAGAUAGAUAUAAAAUUGGCGAUUCAUGGCCUUUUUGAUUAUAUGUAAUAAUUAAAUUGUAAAAAGCUGCAAACGUGGUUAAUAAAUUUCAUUUUGAUUAAA